CUCCAUCUGCCAGUUGUCACCCUCCAUCUCUCGUCAUAUCCCACCGACUCGUCUACAGCAAUGGCCGAAGUAGCCCCCCCACCCACCGCCGUCCCGGAAUCAACAGACAUCAACAUGUCCGACGCCAACCGUCCAGCCGAAAGCGCCGAAGCGUCCACCGCCGAGGGCGACCAAGUCAAGCAAGAGGGCGAUGCGAAGCCAGAAGGGAAAGAGCAAGCAGAGGAAGAAGAAGAAGAUCCAAACAAGAUCCCAGACGAUGCCUGUCCAACGCUGUACUUGCAGAACCUGAAUGAAAAAGUCCGGAUACAAGUGAUGAAGGAAACACUGUCAAAUCUGUUCAAACCAUACAGACCUCUAGGCCCUGUGACGGCCCACAGAAACGUGAGGAUGAGGGGCCAAGCGUUCGUGUCGUUUCCGGAUAUCGAGACUGCCAACCAGGCGAGGCGGGAUGUGCACGAGUUUCCUCUAUACGGCAAGCCUAUUCAAAUAAAAUUCGCGAAGACGUUGGCGGAUGUGGUGGUCAAGAAGACGGGGGACGAAAAGGCGUUUGAAGAACAUACCAAGAAGAGAUUAGAAGACAAGAGUACAUCCCCCUCCUCCCCCUUCCCCUCCAUCCCCCCUCUCUCAUCUCACCUGGCUGACAUGUGGGAAACAGAGUUGAAACGCAAAAACAACCCCCUCCGCCAAAAAGCCCAAUCCAAACUCAAAUCCACCACCACCGACCCCUCCGACCCCUCCGCUUCCGCCUCAGCCCCCUCCGCCGCCAAAAAACAACGCCUCGCCCAAAUGCCCGACGAAUACCUCCCUCCCAAUUCUGUCCUCUUUGUCCAAAACCUCCCAGACGGCACGACAGCAGACGAUCUGCGCGAGGUAUUCGAGUUGCACCCCGGGCUGGUGGAGAUUAGGACGAUCGCGGCGAAGAAGGAUAUUGCGUUUGUAGAGUUUGGGGAUGAGGCGAGUGCGACGGUGGCGAAGGAUGCUUUGCAUAAUUUCAAGAUUGAUGGAGAGACCAAGAUGAAGGUGAGUUUUCUUGUUUUUUGUUUGGAGAGGUGUCGAGAUGAUGGUGCUGAUGAUGUGGUGUAGGUCACGUAUGCGAGAAAGUGAGAGGAUGUUGGUAUAUUGUGGCA